GUCCCAGUGUAAACGCUACCGACUCGCAAACCCUUUCGCUCCUCCACCUCCAGUUGUCCCCGUGGAUCCCCCGUUGCGGUCGUCGCCCGUGCCCCGUGCCCGUCCCCUAGCACCCCGGACGCGCGAGUGAAAUGUGAGCGGACCCCCUGUGCGUCAUCUUCGCGCCCGCCGGGACACGAGUGAGUUUCCUCCGUCAAUAUUUGAUCGUCGUGCCUUUGUUUACCUUCCUCGGCUUGACCGAUUGUUUGCAUCGCGCGCCGCGAUUCCCCUUUUCGGCCCCGCGUGUAGUGCCAAAUUCCUUGUGUAAACGUUGUGCGCGACAGUUUUGUGUGCUCUCGUCAUACGCCCGUUCAGGAUAACUAUGCAAUAGAUGAUAUAUUAAAAGUUGAAGAUGGUGCUCACUAUUGAUACUAGCGAAGGCGCUCUAAUGAUGACUGACUGCAGUCGGUCUCGUUACCUGAAAGGAAUGGACCUGUGUACUCGAAAUUACCCCAGAUGUUUUGAUCUUCCGCAGUCGUCACCUCUCAGUCUAACUCCUCAACCAUCCGACUCGGAAGGAGAUGAGAUGGAUGUUGACUAUGGAAAGAAGCUUGCUCAACCAAUCAUGUCGGCGACCCCACCGCACUCACCGACCUCCUGCGAGGCCAAAGUGACGUCAGUGCCCGUUUCCGUCAUCAUGCGAGCCCACAAGGACGGGAGCUGCUCUCCAGAGCCCUCCUCGCCGGAGCCGGAGCGACAUUCGCCCCUCAAUUGCACCUACGCCCCCUCUUCCGCCUCCGGAGGGGGCCCUGAUUUUAGUCCCCGAUCCAGUCCGGGCCUCUUUAAGCCGGUGCCGAACCACCUGGAGAUCAACCCGCUCAAGAGCAUCCGUUACAAAAUGAACACCGGCAAAGAAGAGGUGUUCAUCAACAGCAAAGAUACGAAUCGCGAUAGGGCCGACGGAGAGUCAGAAGAAGAUCGGAGCAGCGGGCCAAAAACGCUGCCAAUCGCCCCCAGGCCGUUUUUGCCGCUCAGCCCCGCGCAGACUGUGAUAUUAACCGGGGGCACCCUGAUCCCCCUCGACCCGAACCGUCGCCCUAUCCUCUUCGCCCCUCCCGCCGAGAACUCGCCCUUCGUCUUCGUGGCACCCCCCGCGGCUCCAGCCCCCCUGGGCGCCCCUCUCGCAUCUCGCAGAGAAAGGGGCGCUCAGAACUUGGAUCCCAGGAGGCGUGUCUUCGAGUGCCACUACGAGAAUUGCGGGAAGAACUAUUUCAAGUCCUCGCACCUCAAAGCUCACAUGAGAACACACACAGGUGAGAAGCCGUUCGUGUGUCAGUGGGAGGGGUGCGAGCGUCGCUUCUCCCGCUCGGACGAGCUCUCGCGUCACAAGAGGACGCACACGGGCGAGAAGAAGUUCGGGUGCGAGGUGUGCGCGCGGCGCUUCAUGCGCUCGGACCACCUGGCCAAGCACGUCAAGCGCCACACCAAGGAUCAACUCCUGAUCUCCGCUCAGCGAAAUCUAGUCCAAAGUCGUCCAGCCCCGCCCGCGAACCCCCCGCACCCCCACCACCACGCCGCCGCCGUCGCCCCAACCCCCGAGGGACCCCUCCGUCUCGGAUUCGUUAUCCCGGUGAAGAACUUCCUCACUCAAAUGAUUUGAUCCGGACGUCGGGGUCGGUACAUGGAGAGCCAUGGAGGGCUUAACUCCUUUGCGAUUUUCCAAAAUUGACGCAAUCGGCUCAAUUUUUUACAGAAAUUUGAAUGCAAUUUCUAUCCUCAAUUUUGAUAAUUUUAGUGUAAUCAGAGAACAAAUCAGUGAAAUUUUCGGGCAGAAGCGCGCAAGACUUUUCUGGGAAAAAUACAAUUUGGGAGUAGACAUUUCACAUCAUUAAAUUACAGUGAGAACUUAUUGUAGUAUUAACUAUAGUUAAAGGGCCCAAAUUUUACAUCACACAAUACAGAACGGCCGAUGUAUCAAAAUAUUGUCGCAGGCCACCAAAUGCUUGAAAUUAAGUUCUCUAUAUCUUAUCAGUCUGCAUGUCUUAAAUUAAGAAAUUGAAAACAUGUACAAAGCCUCAGCUAAUUUUUAUGAGUGCCCUAUGACGUCACCGAAUACUAAUCCAUAACUCCCACUCCCAAUCACCCUCUUCGCUGUCUCUAUGUGUAGAGCGUGCCGGGCUUCUUCCUUUUUCACUCCUCCACUGAAUAUGAAAAUAGUAGCCAAAAUCAAGUUUUCAUUUCAGGUUUAAUUUCAAGUUAUUAUUUGACAUCUAAGUACUACGUAACGCUCCUUUUCACUUUUGACUCCACACCUCUUUCCAUUAUAAAGUUUCAUUUUAAUGAACACAAUGAACAUUAACAGUGAACGUAUUAGUCCUCGUAUUUUCUAUGACGUUCCAAAUCUCCGUAUCUCCGGUUUUGUCUUUGGCGUAUUCGGCGAUUUUUUUCUCAAAUGAGCUGAGAGAAUUUCUCAUCUUCACUCAGAUUUGCUAGUGAGUUACACAUCCUCAGUGAAGCAACAUACUACUCAUGUCAUAGAUUUUUAUUUUUUAAAGCCUAAAUUAAACGAUUUGAUUCACUUGAGGAGUUCAAAUAUUAUGCAUGAUUUGUUCCUGAAGUUAUUUCUAUACAAGUUCUCUCUAAAAAUUGAGUCCAUAGUCACGUAUCCAAAUUGCAAACCAACGGCGGAUGCCCGGUGUUGUCUAUACCAACUAUUCUUCAUGUACCAUGAUUCUGUGGGGCCCGGCUAAGGUCUCCUCCUUUCCCCUAAGGCGGGCUUGAGGGAGGGCUGUACGCCGUAUUAUUUUUAUUAUUGAUUAUUUUAUUUUUUGACUAUUUGAUACUUGCUAUUUUUACCUGUUAUGCGAUUUUUGAAACAUUGAUAUUAUUCUCAUUGAUUAUUUUUUAUUAUAUUUAAAUAAAGAUUGAUUACAAUUUUUA